CCGUGUAGUUUAGGAUGCACUAGUCUCACAACUAUCUGAUCAGUGUAGUUUAGUACGCACUGGUCUCACAUCUGUCUGAUGAGUGUAGUUUAGUACGCACUGGUCUCCAGUGGCAGCAGCAGCUGGUCAUAUGGAUGUUGUUGUGGCGGCUCGGGGCUGAACUCAGUCAUGGGCUGUUGCUGGACGCUUGUGUUCGGAGGAUCAUAUGAACCUCUGAUUAUUUAUGAUGUUUUACCGUCAAGAAAGGAGAAAUUUCCCAGGAAUGAAGGAUUGUUUUUUGUGAACUUUGGCUGUUUCUGAUUCGCGCUUCACUUCAACAGCACUUUCAACAGUUUACUUCACAUGCUAACUGAAGCUAACUCAAAUCAAUGCCAGACUUCCCAGACUCUUCAAGGGGUUCGUGAUGACAUUUUUAUUUCAUUUGAUUUCAGUUUUACAUUUUACUUUAUUUUAUCGACACACGUGAAUAUAUGAAGUUUUUAUUUCCUGAAAUCAGAGAGUUUAAUAUGAAUUCCUCAGUGGAUUUAUCGCUGAAGAAAGUGCUGAAAACUCCUCCGACACGACGAACUGCUGAGGACUUGAACACCAUCUACACUCAUCUGUACCACAUGGAUGUGCUGUGUCACCUCAGAGAACAUCAGCUCAGGUCCAUGUGCAUGACGGCCAGGUUCGAGCGCUAUGAGGCCAACCAUGUUCUCUUCUAUGCUGACAGCAUCUCCACGUGCUGGUUUGUCCUGCUUUCGGGCUCAGUGCUGGUCAAGGAGCACAUGUAUCUGGCGCGAUGCUGUUUCGGGACGCAGCGUGGAGGAAGACGAGGCUGUGAAUGCAUCACUUUAGAGCCGUCCGAGAUGAUUGUGGUGGAGAACGCCAGCGAGAGCGACGACGCGGCUCUACAGGGACACUCGCGCCGCCGCUUCCAUAAGGUGAACGCUGGAGGAGAGCGGCAGCUGAUCAUAGACGUCCAUGACGCCUCGGCCACGCUUCCUGGUGACCUCAACAAGAUGCACCUGACAGACCACCCCCACCAGCAGAUGCACAUGCCGCCCAGCCAAUCAGGAUGCAGCAUCGCCAGUGACUCGGGGAGCAGCAGCCUAUCAGACAUCUACCAGGUACGGCCGCUUUAUCACCUGAAGAGCACUCAGUGCUCAAAGACCUGGUUCUGA